AUGUUUCGUGAGCAUGAUGAAUCUGAAAAUUUAAGUAACCAAGGAAAUUUUAUUGAAUUUCUCAAGUUUCUUACUGAUCAUAAUGAAGAUGUCAAAGUGGUUACAUUGAGCAAUGCUCCACAAAAUCUCAAGUUGACAUCUCCUGAUAUUCGAAAAAACAUUGUAAAUGUGGCCGCAUUUGAAACUAUCAAUGUGAUUAUUAGAGAUCUUAGUGAUACAUUUUUUUCUGUUUUGAUUGAUGAAGCCCGUAACAUAUCAAUCAAGGAGCAAAUGGCAGAUGUAAUACAAUAUGUUGACAAAAAAGGCCAAGUGAUUGAGUGCUUUUUGGGUAUUGAGCGCUUUUUGGGUAUUGAGCAUGUUGCUAAUAUGAAUGCUCUCUCACUCAAACAAGCUGUGGAAAAUUUAUUCUCCAGACUUGGAUUGAGUAUUUCCAAAUUGCGAGGUCAAGGAUAUGACAGGGCUAGUAAUAUGCAAGCCGUGGCAAAGAAUCAUAAUCAAAUUGCUUUACUUUUCACUGUGGUUUCUAAUAUAGUGAAUGUUGUUGGAGCAUCAUGUAAACGCCGAGAUAUUGUUAGGGAGAAGCAAGCUGCAAAAGUUGCUGAGGCACUUAAUACUAGAGAGCUAUCUAUGAUUGAUGUGCUUGAAAUGAUUUCGGAUGAUGGUUCAAAUUCUGAACAACGAGUAGAAGCAAAUAUAUUAUUGGACUCAAUUCAAUUAUUUGAGUUUGUAUUCAACCUUCAUUUGAUGAAAACGAUAUUGGCUAUUACAAGUGAAGCACUACAAAAGAAAGAUCAAGAUAUUGUUAAUGCCAUGAAUUUAGUUCAAAUUUCUAAAGUACAGCUCCAAAAGAUGAGGGAGAUUGCAACUGCUACUGUUGAGAGGGUAUUUUCAGCUAUGAAUAUUGUGAAGAAUCGGUUGCGGAACUGA